GGUACUUACCUGGUACUUAAGCUUAAUUAAGCUCGAGCCAGCUUCUACCAGUAGGUAGGUAAUUCCACUUCAAUGGGAGAUUACCUACACAGGUAGGCAAUGCUGGUAUAAACCCCUAGGUUUCCACCAUUUUACAAUGGCCCAGAGCACUCGCAUCAUCGCCCGACAUCGAACGCAAACAUGGUGCUCCUAACGAUGACAUCUCCGAUGGUGGAGGCGCUCACGAUCUUGAGGGAUUCCAUCGACUCCUCCAUACCUUCAAGUGGCACUGCUCAGUCCGAUGAUGCCACGCCCGGUGAACCCUGCAUGAAGGACCCUGCAGUUGGGAAACCUAUAAGCCAUGGACAAAUCCUCGCGACAAUCAAGACACUCAAGGCAAACGGCCAUGCUGGGUUUAGACUGGAACAUAUGCUGCGUGGAUCGGCUCUCUACGUGCCUCCGCCACCACCAAAGCCUGAACCAACUGACGAAUAUAAAGCCUUGAUGGCACGACUUCGGAUCGAAGAGGAAGAACGGUCGUACCAGCGCAUGCUACGGAAUGCACCCGCACGGGAGACAUUUGCCGAACGAUUCCCCCUGGCUCCCAUGGCGCAUUCGUUUGCUGAAGUCAAUAAACCGUCCAGGAAAUCCGACGAGGUUGUGGAUGACAUCGAGUUCGGAGACGUACAGAAGCAGAUGACCUUAAUCAUCAACUUUCUAGUCAGCGUUUUCGGAUGUGGAGCUGCGCUUUGGAAGCUUGCCCAGUGGUGGCCUGUAUCGAGUCGAUUAUUCCUUAGCUUGGGCGGAGCCAUCAUUGUCGCCAUCAUAGAAGUGACUGUAUACUCUGCAUUCACGUGGAGAAUAUCUCAAAGCGAAAAGAAACAAACCAACAAGAGGGAAGUCCGAGAGGUGGUCAAAACGUGGGUCGUCGGUGAUGAAAACGCUGAGGUAGAUCUUGAAGAACCGACUCCUGGAGUCAAAGACAAAUUGCAUGGGCUGGAUACCAAUCUUCGACGACGGGUAAAGGAGAAAAUAUGAAGAUGUGUUCCUCCAUUAACUCACUAUUCUUUUAAUUAGCUAAUUACUUCACUUCUUCACUUCACCAUUUCUAUCUCAUGUAAGCCCUGCCUUACUCAGGUAUCUUUUCCUCAACAAUUCACUGGCAUCUUGUUGAA